AUGUCCCAAUCGCAACCGCUGAAAUUGAAUGCAUUUACAUCGAUUUCUCAAACGUUAAUUUUACCAAUUCCUAGAACAUCUGUUCCAACAAAGCAUUCCGAAAUGAUGAUGUCAAAUUGGCCACCAUCUUCAUCAGAGUUCACGGCGAGCUCAGCCACCUUCCCUGUCAUUCCUUGUCAGCAACAAAAUGCUACUACAGGUCCAACUGGUAAACCUGUACCUAAUCGGCGAGGUAGAAAACGCUUAAAUACAAUGCCAUUAAAUAAAAAACAUAAACAGAAUUUGACGAAUCAGCGUGCUUUUCGAGAACGUCGAGAAUAUUAUCUUAAAACUUUAGAAAGUAAAGUAGAAAUGUAUGAAAAAGCAUACGCUCAAUAUCAAACUGAAAAUAGUUUAUUAAAAGAAGAGGUGGCAAUGUUAAAAAGACGCCUUUCUAGGUUCGAAAAUUAUGCAUUUGAGGGUGGCCUCAGUAUUACAUCAUCGGAUAUGCAACUUUCCGAUAAGAUACCUGUUAAUAAGAACACAAAUUCGUGUUGUAAUGUGGUUAACGCGAUAUACUCUGUUCCAAACAUGAUCGAAGAUAAUCAAAUAAAUAAUAAUCAAAUAUUUCAUGGUAUUGAUAAAGAUGAUUCUAACGAAAGAAUGUAUAUUCAAGAUUAUUCAACACUCCCGAUCAAUAAUGAUGGAUCAUCAUCUUUUACACAAAAGUCUUACCCUUCAUUACCAAACGGAAAUUUAUCUUCAUUCAUGCAAGGUUAUGACGAGCAAUCGAGCUCAAAAAACAGACCCCAUUCGCCUACUCAUUCUUCGACUUCAAUUGAAUCUGUUGAUGAAAUUACUGAUUCAUCUAUUUUUACCGAAAACCAUAACCUUUGUUUUUGCGAUGAUUCGGAAAUAAAUGGACAGUCUCAAAAGACUAAUGUAAUGUCAAACCCGGCGUUUUCCACUGCGACACGCUCAACCCUACCAACUCCUGAUGAGCCACAAUGGCCAUUAUCGCAUGAACAAUACUUUGCUCAAACAACCUUGACAUCAUCGUUUUCUCAAAUAGAUAACGAGAGAAGAACAAGGUUGUUUCGUUAA